AUGCCGGGUCUCGGUAUGGCAGUUGGACACGGGAAUCGCAAAAGAAAGGAGAGAAAAAAACAAAGGCCAAAGGUUGGGUUCGCCACAUCUGAUGCCCAAGAUGUGCAGCUCAUUCAUCGUCAUCAAACACCACAUGCCGCGACUUGGAGUACUCCGUACAGUCGCGCCACCACAGCCACUCCUCCUACCUCUCGCCAGCGGCAGGAUCAGGUCCAACAGCCUCGUUCCGACGACAAACAAUCACGACGACAACACGCCGCCGCUGAACCCUCUGUCGCUGCCGCCGCCGCGUCAUCUUCCGCGACACCUUCUUCUUCAUCAAAGUCUCCAGCCACCCGAUCCGCGACAGCAAUGCCUCAAUACACUUCCCGCGAUGUCGGCGACCCGUCGCAGAUCAAGAAGAACAAGCAGUCGAUGGCCGACCUCAAGCUGAGACGAUUGACGGAACUCAACAACCGCCUGCGCGAGGAUCUUGAAAGGGAACGGAUUCCGGUCAGCAAUGCUUCUAAGAGCAUCAUUGCCUACUGCAACAGCACGAGGGACUACAUGGUUCCAUCGGUUUGGGGCGCUGUCCCCCGCGGCGAAGACCCCUACGCACCACAACAAAGCGGCGGAUGCUGCUUGGUGAUGUAG